AAUAUUUAUUUAACUUCUCAAGUAAUAAAAUUAAAAAAAUUUAAAAAAACAUGAAUUAUAGUUUUGUGCAUGGCAGGGGGCGGCUACCGAUUUUAAUAUAUGAAUGAACAAAUUUAUUUACACAACACAACUCAAAAUGACACACUCUCGACUAUAAAAUAAUUAAAAUUGAGAAUCAAUCCGACACAAUUCAACCCCCACUAUCAGCCUUAAUUAGAGUGAUCCAACCCGCAAAUAUACGUUUUACGGUACCUCACACCACAGUGGAUAGAGCAUAGACGACACAUCUCUGGGACGAAUUUACGUUAAAACUGAAGGCAGCCGCCGUGUGCGCACCAGGCGCAUACGCAUUAUCGAAUUUCCGUCGGUGAUUGAAGUCCACCGGAGACCUAAAAUCCAGGUUCGAUGCUGAAAGAUAACGAUGUCUCAGUCAUGGACAUCGACGAUCAGAAUUCGAACGGUCCUGAUCAGAUAUCUAACCCCAAGUUCUCAAUCAAUGUGUUGCAACUCUUGAGAUCUUCUCAAAUGCAGCAUGGAUUACGGCAUGGUGAUUACAUUCGCUACCGGAGGUACUGUACUGCUAGAUUGCGGAGAUUAUAUAAGUCAUUGAAGUUUGCACAUGGCCGUGGUAAAUACACCAAAAAAGCCGUAACCACAUCUACAAUAACCGAAGUGAGGUUUCUCCACUUGGUUCUUUAUACGACAGAAAGAGCUUGGAGUCAUGCCAUGGAGAAGAAAAUGCUGACACUGCAAGAUGGUCCAAAUGGGCGCCAACGCAUACCUCAUUGGUAGGCUGAGGAAGGCAGUUAAAUGGGCUACUCUUUUUCAAGAUUUGUGUGUCAUCAAGGGAGACUCCAGAACAUCUUUGGAAGCUGAGG